CACUCAGCGCAAUUUCCAACUGAUAACUGCACAUGCCUAAUCCACCUGUUUGCUACUACUAUCAAGCUGGUUGUUGUAGAAACGGGAACGAAUGCACCUUUACUCACCCGAAGAUACGUUGUCGUACUUUUGCCUCUGAUGGUUGGUGUCCUUAUGGAUACUAUUGUCGUUUCUGGCAUGAUCCGUCUGUGAAACCGGGCGUUGUCAACCUUAUCAAAAAGCCGUGCCAAUUCUAUGCAAAUAAUCAAUGUAAAUAUGGUGAUAAGUGCAAUUUCUCCCAUGAUUUUAAUGCUCAAAACAAUAGUGGGAUUACGUUAGAAGAAUAUCGAGCCACAAAAACGGUGACAGGCGUGCACAUUAAUAUCGAAGCCCAGGAAUCUACAACUACCGAAAUGUCACACGGCAAACAGGAUGGUAUUUCCGACGCAUCACUUACGUCAGUUGUAAAAUCUAAUCUAGUCACAACUUCGUCAUCUACAUGCCUUAACAAAAAUAAUCGUAGCUGUGUAAGACUGCCCUUCCAGAAAUAUGCUUCUGUAAACGCGAUUGAUUUUCAAGGAACUUCAAAGGCUGUAAUUUGUGAUCUUAAUCAUUCUGAGCUGGAACGCCUAAAGAAACAAUUUCCUCCAGGCAAAUUGCGUGAAGUAGAAUCAAAUGAGAACUAUCAUAUGUUUUGUGUCAGAUUCUCCUCCACAGAUCCCGACUGGGUCUACGAUGUUCGUGAGAUAGUGUUGAAUAUUCUCAUCCCACAAAUGUAUCCCAAGGAACAACUUCAAAUUUCAGUGGUAAUGCAAGAACAUUUACCAGUGAUCUUAGUUGACCAUUUGAAUAAAGCAAUCGGUUCUUGGGUUAGAUGUAAGCACCAAUGUAUGGAACGAAUGAAUCGUCUAGAGCUAUACUUGCGUCCCCUCCUUUUGUGGCUUGAUCGUAACUUGGAAGAAUUAUUCACUGAAGGAUUACGUAAAUAUAAAGCGUUUUUAGAAAAUGGAAAUUUGGAUCCAGACUUAUCUUCAUUGUUAACCAAAAAUAAUGCUGAUGUUAUUUCUCACUGCCAGUCAGGUAAUAAGGAUAAUGACAGAAAUUCACUAUCGAGUUAUAAUAAUGCAACCGGUUCGACUCCUGUUGUACUUGACAGGGAAAUUUUAGAUCUUGAAUCAUUCAGCCUUAAUUCAUAUUCUGACAGUAGUCUAUCAGUUAUUGAAAGUGAUAAGACCCUAUUUGAAAGUGAAAUAACUAGCAGAAGUAGAGCUUAUGAUAACUUUCUCACCCAUUCAGACGAACGAAUUGUACCUAAAAUAUGUAACCUAACAAAAGAGAAUGAUUUUCCAACUGACUCACCAUUAGAUCAUGAUAGUAUGAUUGGUUUAAUUCCUCCUGUUAUACCGAAAGGUGAAUCAGAACAAACACACAAUGGUGAUCAAAAUUCACAUCAUGGGGACCAGCUGUCAAUUGGGAAUGAUAAUAGUGUUAGUUCACAAACCAGUGAAUCGGUGUUAGAAUAUAGCAGCACUGAUGAGAAUGAGAAUGAUCCUGGUAGUGAGUGUGAAGUUGUUGGCGAUCCGGAAGUAUCAUGUGGAAAUCUCCUUGGUUCUUCUUCACUAACAACUCCCGGUACCCAGAAAUUAUUAAUGAGCGGUCUUAGGCUAUUGGGUAAAGCAGGAACAUAUAUACAACGUCGACUUUCUGUUUCUCUACAUUGUACGCGUUGUCGCUUAUCUUUCCAGUGGCUUUUCACUUUUCAUGGGGCGCGAGCUAUGAAUAAUUUUAGUGAUCCGAAUACAGCGUGUAGACUUUUGCGUUCACUCCCACCAUACACAACUCAUUGUGCACGUUGCCAUCAAAAAUUGACUUUACUUUUCCAGUCUAGUCUAGCACAUGCAUUCGACAACAAUAUUGGAACUCUACAUUUAGAUGGUUGUAUUGCUGACGAUGUUCCACCGAAACAGUCUGAUGGUAUUAUUUUAUGUACUGGAUGCUUCAAUUCAGUGCGAGUCACCGGACUUGAUUUUGACUGUCCUCUUACACGACGCUGCUUCAAUUGUCACUCUUUGACUGGAUUAGAGUUUAGCAAAUUUCAGUUGGAAUUGUUAAAACAACCUUCAAAUUCCAAGAGUGUGAAAAUAGAUGGCACAAACCAAGAUUCGUCUUCUCAAAUUUCCCGAAGAAUGCGACGUACAAUGAAUUCAGCUCAAAAUACACUCAUCCAGGAUGGAUCACCUUUACCAGCUUAUGGCAGCUGUAAGCACUAUCGCAAAAGCUAUCGAUGGCUAAGGUUUCCUUGUUGUGGACGUCUGGAACCAUGUGAUGUCUGUCAUGAUAAUUCUGCUGUUGAUGGACACGAAAUGGAACUGGCUACUCGUAUGAUUUGUGGGUUUUGUUCUAAAGAACAACCAUUUUCUGCUAACAAACCAUGUGUAAGAUGUGACAAGAUGCUAUCAGGAACUCGGUCUUCACAUUGGGAAGGUGGGAAAGGAUGUCGUAAUCAAGUAACUAUGUCUCGAAAAGAUUCAAGAAAAUAUUCUCAUGUCAACAAGGUUAAAUCCAAGAAGAAAACCAAGCAAAAUAAAUGAUCAGUAUAUUUAAAACCGUUUAAAGCUCCUUACAAGAUUCCGUAUAAACAAAUAUUACUUCGAAAUUUGUAACAUAUAACAGCAAAGUAGUUAUAAAAAUGGAAAUUAUUCUUUCUAACCUAUGGUUCUACAAUUAGUCGAAACUAUUGUUUACAUCUCAAGAAAUUAUAGGAUACAGAUUUAAGAUUUGCCUUACAUAUAACUAUUCUUUCGAAUCAGUAAUACAAACUCAUUUCUGUGGAAUAUGAUGGUAAUUUUUUUAAAAGAAUAUUUUUCGUCCACGUGUUUCAAAUAGCAAUUAUUAUCCACAAUAAGUUAACAUUUCCGUGAUAUUCCAAUACAUUUCUUUGUACAUUAAACUUGAGAAAAUAGAAACUAGUUUAUGAGUUUGAAAUAUCCACUUCCCUAUGAACAUUUAUUUUAUAUUCAUAUUUUAAUAAAGAUUAUUGAAUUGUCUGUCAAACAAUUUAAUUUUCCUGAAUAUUUUUUAUUGUUUCAAACAACCAAUUGAUCAUAUUGUUUUAUUUCUAAUUUCUUUUCUGUCUAAAAACCUGGAUUUUCUUUACAAACUUCUUCCAAUUCGAUAUCAUGAUAAUCCUGGUGAAAAAAAGAUUCUAUUUAAUAGAGUAUUCCAGUAUUUACAUAGUUAUUAUGAUGUAGCUGGGGGUUUUUUUUAUUGUCAAAAAUUUAAUUUAUAUUAACAAAUUGUCUUUAUAGGAAUUUAAUGAUCUGAUUGUUUGUGAUUUCUAUAAAUUUAGUAUUAUCUAGUGAUAUUUGAGGGGAAAAAAAUGCAUCUAAAUAAAAACUAAAAAAUAUGUUAAGAACCUUUUUCUUAACCAGUAUAUUCAAAUGUAAAAAUAUUAAUGUACAAUAAUUUAAACAUAAAAUCAAUAAAAAUGAUUAAUUUCUACUUUAAGAUUUUAUAUUAAAAGUAACCUAAUUAGUUAAUUUGAUAGUAAGUUUUGAUAAAUUUCUACAAAUUCUUUAAAAGUUUUCUUUUUACUUAAAAAAAAAUUAUUUUUUUUCAAU